UGUGAGCUAAAGGAAGCUGCAGCAGCGGAAUCUGAAGAAUUCGAGGUGUCCGCCAAGUCUCUGCUGCUCACCGACCCCUUCCAGCCCGUCUGUAGCUCUGUGCACCGUCGGGACUGCAAAGGUUGAACAAGGAGAACAAGAUGUCUCAGGCCGACAAAAUGAAGCAGGGCCAGUUCACCAACCCUGAGACCCCAGGGUACGUUGGAUUCGCCAACCUGCCUAAUCAGGUUCAUCGCAAGUCUGUAAAAAAAGGAUUCGAGUUUACGUUGAUGGUUGUAGGUGAGUCUGGACUUGGAAAAUCCACCCUGAUCAACAGCCUCUUUCUUACUGACCUUUACCCGGAGAGAGUCAUACCUGGAGCUGCAGAAAAGAUAGAAAGGACGGUUCAGAUCGAGGCGUCCACUGUAGAAAUUGAGGAGCGAGGAGUGAAGCUCCGUCUCACGGUUGUAGACACACCAGGAUACGGAGAUGCUAUCAACAGCCAGGACUGUUUUAGCACUAUUAUCAGCUACAUCGAUGACCAGUUUGAACGCUACCUCCAUGACGAGAGCGGUCUGAAUCGUAGACACAUCGUUGACAAUAGAGUUCACUGCUGCUUCUAUUUCAUCUCCCCGCUCGGCCACGGCCUGAAGCCCCUGGACGUCCAGUUCAUGAAGGCCAUUCACAACAAGGUUAAUGUGGUUCCUGUCAUCGCCAAGGCCGACACUCUCACCCUCAGAGAGAGGGAGAGGCUCAAGCGCAGGAUUCUGGAUGAGAUCGAUGAACAUGGUAUUAAGAUUUACCACCUUCCUGAUGCUGAGUCGGAUGAGGACGAAGACUUCAAAGAGCAAACUAGGAUCCUGAAGGCCAGCAUCCCGUUCGCAGUUGUAGGAUCCAACCAGCAGAUCGAGGCCAAAGGGAAGAAGGUGAGGGGCCGCCUGUACCCCUGGGGAGUGGUGGAGGUGGAGAACCCAGAACACAAUGACUUCCUCAAGCUGCGGACCAUGCUGAUAACCCACAUGCAGGACCUACAGGAAGUGACCCAGGACCUGCACUAUGAGAACUUCCGCUCAGACCGCCUCAAGCGGGGUGGCAGAAACGGACCGGAGCCGGAGGAAAUGGACAAGGAUAUGAUCCUGCAGGAGAAGGAGGCUGAGUUGAGACGGAUGCAGGAUAUGAUCACCAAGAUGCAGGCCCAGAUGCAGAAGCAGGGAGACGGAGAGGGGGACGUGUGAACAGUCCAUGGUGUUUGAGCCACCGCUCAUGUCUGAACAGAGAGGAGUGACUCGUACUGAUUGCCACUAUCUUCAUUCAGUCCCACAUGGGAUCUGGAGUUUUUUUUAAAAUAUACAUACAGUAAGAUAUAUUCAUAUAUAUUAGUGUUAUGGUUAUAUAUUUACACACGGUUCUAUUUCUUUUUUUUAUGUUUUGUUGUCUGUUUUUUAAAAACUUAUGCCAGUUACUCAAAUGAAGUCAUGUGACCCAUCUUACAAAAAUUGUGAAGUAUAUUUUUUAAUACAAAUCCAUUGGGAUCUUCUGUUACUUCUCCAGUUUGUCCUUACCUUUUUUUUUGCAUUUCAACAUUCAUUUUGUCAAACAUGAUUUAAGAUAACCACACAAGCUUCCCAUCAUAUAGGGUUCACUCAGCUCAGCUUUAUGUUAUCUCAUCGUAUGCAUGCAACUCUCUCAGCUCCUCCCUUAUUUUCCCCUCGAGUGCAGUUCUCAGAUCAGUGUCAUGAAGUAAAACUGCCCCGAAGUGUUGUGAAGCUCUGUUUGAGUUUGAUCUGAAAGAACCCAUGACCUCCUACAGUCUUCCUGUAGAACUGACCAAUGAAGGACAGACAAAUGAGGUGUUUUUGUUUUUUUUUACUGUGACACACCUCUGUUUGGUGCAUCUUUGAAUUGGAUGUAUUUACCUAAUAUCUCCUCUCUAUCGUAAAGUGAAGUCCUGUGCCAGGGGGCAUUUUGUUUCAUUGAGAUUUACGCAGUAUCAACUUUCAUGUGUCCCGACUGCUGAGUACCUUCUGGUUUCCAUGGCCACAGAGGUUAAUGGUGACCUGACAAGGUCAAUGUAGCUAAACUUUCCCCCUCACCAGCCAAGAUGUGUUCUUGACAUUCCUCUUUGUGCGGUUUUUAUCCAAUAUUAAAGUACCAAAUAUUGUUCUUGAUACAUAUAUUGUAAUAAAGGUUUUAUUAAACUUGAA